CUAGAAUUCGACGCCGCUGUGGACUGGUCAUGGCGUGCUACCGCGCAUCCACGGCGCCGACGGCCCACCGAGGUCUAGGAAAAAUAGAAUGGUUGGUAUGGUAGGGUAGGUGAACCGGUGAAGAUUAGAGGGACUGAGGGAGAGGGACCGUGACACCGUGUCUAGCCAGCCAACCUGCUGCUCUAGCCCACCUGCAUGGCGGUGUCAGCGCCGGUCACUCUCUGCCCCUCGGAUUCUCGCUCCCUCUCUUCCGCGCUCGUUUCUUCCCGAUCCAACAAGCCUUCUUCACUUGAUGCUGUUCGGUCACGGCGGUUGAAUUUGGGAGAUUCAGCUUAACUGCAGUGCACACCACCUGUUUGAUAGAAUGCCUCCUUCGUGAUUCCAUCUGUUCCCUGCCCGUCUGAAGUACGUCAUUUGUUUCCUAACAGCUAUGCCAACGCAGAUCUCCACAAGGCAGUCUCUUCGGUUUGCUUUACCUUCGAACAAUGCACGUCCAAUAUCGACUGCAGCAAGAAUGACAUGUUUUGCUAAGAAGCAACAUAUUGCUGCCGUGCCCUUAUGUACUUUGGAGGCCAAAAGGUAUGAACCUAUAGUCAAAAUGUGUGGCAUUACAUCUGCCUUCGAUGCUGAGAUGGCUUUGAAGGCUGGAGCUAAAUUAAUUGGGAUGAUUCUUUGGCCCAAGUCCAAACGCUCUAUCCCAUUGUCUGAAGCUAAAGAGAUAUCCAGAGUGGCCAAAUCUUACGGGGCUGAAUCAGUGGGUGUGUUUGUGGAUGAUGAUAGUAGUACUAUCUUGACAGCAUCUGAUUCAUGCAACCUCGAUCUUAUCCAGCUUCAUGGAGAUAGCUCCCGAGAACUACUUCCUCUGCUUUGGAAGAACAACAGGAUUAUAUAUGUGCUAAAUGCUGAUGAGGAUGGUAAACUUAUCAAUGCUCCUCCAAGUGAGGAAUAUGUUCUUGAUUGGUUUUUGGUGGACAGUGCAAAAGGUGGAAGUGGCAAAGGGUUCAACUGGGAAAAAUUCCAAAUGCCAACUGUUAAAAGCAAGAACGGGUGGUUAUUAGCAGGAGGCCUUCAUGCAGAUAAUGUUCACGAAGCCGCUUCUGCUCUAAAGCCAAAUGGCCUGGAUGUUAGCAGUGGCAUAUGUUUUCCUGACGGUUUACGGAAAGACCCGAAGAGAAUGUGUUCCUUCAUGAGCAGUGUAAAAACUUUGAAUCUCCUCUAACAUACUAGUGCUUUAUUGGUCGUAGUUUCUUGGUGCAGUAUGUGGAAACUGAAUAAAUGGCAGUCCUAAUAAAAAUAAAAAUAAAAAUAAAAUGACCAUCAUAGGUAAGCUGUCCAGAACAGAGGCAUUGUCGAUCUUUGGCAUCAACCAGUAAAAUUCAUGCAAUGAGCAGCUAUAUCAUUUUCAGCU